GUAACGGAGAAGGAGGGAGACAGACGGAGAUCAAGCAAAAAUGGCCGAUCAACUCACAGAAGAGCAAAUAGCUGAGUUCAAAGAGGCGUUUUCGCUAUUUGACAAAGAUGGAGAUGGGACAAUCACCACGAAAGAACUGGGCACUGUCAUGCGCUCCCUGGGCCAGAACCCUACAGAAGCGGAGCUGCAGGAUAUGAUUAAUGAGGUGGACGCAGACGGGAAUGGAACAAUAGAUUUUCCCGAGUUCUUGACGAUGAUGGCAAGAAAAAUGAAAGAUACCGACAGUGAGGAGGAAAUCAGAGAAGCUUUCCGUGUCUUUGAUAAGGACGGCAAUGGCUACAUUAGUGCGGCUGAACUGCGUCAUGUAAUGACAAACUUGGGGGAGAAAUUAACAGACGAGGAGGUGGACGAAAUGAUUAGGGAAGCAGACAUUGAUGGAGACGGUCAGGUCAAUUAUGAAGAAUUUGUACAGAUGAUGACAGCAAAGUGAAAGCCUUGUACAGAAUUUCUUGUAUAAAAUAAUUUGCCUUUUCUUGUUUUUAAUUUCUGUAAAAUGUUUCAUUUUAAUUUCCCCCCUCAUCCUCUCCUGCUGUCCAAAGGAUCUGCAUGUAUACUAUAAGAUUUGAGUGCUCAUGCCUUCCCCCAACUCUUAACCAUUGUAAACGGUCUAUUCGAAGGAGCAAUUCUGGGACCAGGUGAUAACAUUUAGGCACAGAUAGAUACUGACUACGCACAGACAUCUUCUUCCCCUUCUGUUGCUCUGUCUGCCUGCCCACCUGACGAUCGAUGACAUCAAGGGUCCAGCUGACUGACAGUGUGGCGUCAUUUCAACAGUUUUGGCAUGAUUCUUUUUUCCACUCUUUUGGUUUUAUGUGGAGGUGCAACUCUGCAUGGACAAUGGACUGAGUUGAAAAAGAAAUGGGAAACGUCCUCAGCAUUGCACUAUUGCAACAUCAUUCAACUAACGGGUUUAUCGCCAGAUAUAUUCAUUCACUCUAAUCUUUUUGUAUUUGUUCUGUUCUUACUAUGCUUUUUAAUUAGUCACUUUUCUUUUGUAACUGCUUAAGGCACAGCCAUGCCUCAGAAUCCAUUCCAAGUUGUAUAUUUGUUUUCCAAUAAAAUUAACAAUUUACCCAA